GACCUUGUAUUAUUGUAUUGCUGUUAAGAGAGUUGGCAGCGGCAUACUACUGGUGCCAUUUUGAAUAAACACCAAACAUUUUAGUUCCCAGGAAAGAGAGGGAUAGUAUGGCACACUACUAGUUACAUCUAAAAUACACAGCAGGAUUUGUACUACCCAGCUGUUUUACAGGGCAAGACCUCAACCCACGACGCCAUUGUGGUAGCGGCUACCGCAAAACUCAGGCAAGGAAAAUGGCGACCGACAACGUGGCCGCUGUGGUGAAAGAUUGCAUGGAUACAUUAAAGAAAAAUGAAGGAGCCGGCAAAUUGAAAAUAUUGUUAGGUAUGUGUAACCGUGACCAGUUUAUACAAUGGAAGGACGCAAAACAGAUGGAUGUUUUACAUCAUUCCAUUCUCUGCAACAAUCCGGAAGUGGUAGAAUAUUUCUUGACGCAUGGGUAUUUUGUGCGACCUUUUGAACCGGAAGUGAAUCCUUAUCUUCAUCUGGCUGCACACUUAGGAUUCAGAACAGUUAUCAACCUUCUCCUAACUCACCGACCAGGCGACAAUAGGCCAUCUAAGAAACUGACGUAUCCAGAUGAUUCGACCACAGCUAGACAAGUUUCUGAGGUCACUCCACUAGAUGUCGCUGCCGCCGCUGGCCACGUACAAUGUAUUCAUCUAAUUUUAAAUCAGUGUGUUAUCAAGGAACAUCCUCAACACGCCAAGAGUGGUUAUCUGUCCCUCGCUACACUAGCUGGUUCUUUAAAGGCUGUGAACUUCCUAUUGUCACAAAAGUACGACAAAUCAGACAUUAUUAAAGCUGUCGAAUUGGCUAUAUGUGGCGCUUGGGCAGACAUUUUGGAUUCUCUGCUUGGUACGGGUGUAAAUACCAAAGAUAUCAUGAAGGGCACGAAUUUGUACCAUGGUUUAUAUACCAACAGUUCUUUGAAAGCAUUUGGUCGCGAAGGCUACAGACGUCUACCGGAUGUGACGUCGGUUCUCAUUAAAUAUCGUCAUGAUGUAAACGUAAAAUCUCCAUGCAACACCUAUCCACUAUAUACGUUGCUACGCAAUUCCUUGUGUGCCCAUGAUUAUAUCAACACGCAGUAUUAUCUGGCCUGUCUCAAGCUUCUUCUCAAAGCAAACGCGAACCCAAAUUUUGAUGAAGUACGACAUGAACACAGCAUGCAAAAGAAAGGCAACAAGUCUAUUGUAGGUAGACCGGCAUUUUCCAGCGCUCUUCACUGCCUUUUGGAUACAGUAGAAAUAUACGCUUCCUAUUUUGACUCCAAAGCUUUAGCUGUGAAGUUCAUCACGCAAUGUUCUGACGUACUCUUCCGCUUUGAUGCUGAUAUUCACCAAGUCGGUCGUCUUGGUGACCAGAAGAGCACAUUGAGUGGAUCAGUUCUUCAUCAAUACGCAAAAUCCAGUGUCAAACUAGGAGUAGACGCUGAUGUACUGAAGGUCUUUCUCCGUCAAGGCGCGAAUCCAAAUAUCAAGGCCAAGGGCAAAUAUUGCAUCAACGUCUUCAUCGACAGUCUUUUUGUCAGCAUGUUGGCUGUCCCGUCACACAAGCCCCAGCCUGACAGGACAGUGGACAUCGACAACAUGCUUGACCUAUCUCGGCACAUGUCCUCUAAAGCCGUAUAUGAAACUCACGAGAUUUUCCUUAAAGAACAUGGCAGAAACAACGCAGAUAGACUGAAGUGUCCAAUAGCCAGGAUCAAGUCAAAACUACAGGAGUAUUCCAAGUUUGUAGCACCAUUACAACGGAUCUGUGUGAAUUAUAUAUGGCAGCGUUGUGGCAGAAAUGCAAACAAUAUACAUAGUCUACCAAUCAAAAUCAAAUACAAAACUGACAUUUUACCUAUUGUUUAACGUAUCAUGGGAACACUCGAGAAUGUUUAAUCAAUGGUAUGGGCUCACAUGUAGGUGUAGCAAUAACGCUAUGUUAGUACAAAAUUAUGACUCUGUCUCACACACAUAAUUCACAAUCUUAACCUAUAAAGUAAUAAAAUACUACCAGAUACCGUAAUGUAUUACCUCAAUAGUAUGGUACCAACGAUACACUAAUGUGUGAAUAACUUACUUACUUAAACAAUACAAAUUAUUAGUUACAGUACAUACAACUGUUUCGUCUUUCUAGGAUUCAUCUGUGAUUAUAAAUGUCCAAUACUGUAAAUGGUAAAUGUACAUAUUUUGGCUGUAAUCUUAUUUUAGCAAUUUUCGCGCUUGAAUCAUUGAGCUAAUUAGGACUGCGCAAGUAUCACUUUCUAAAUACUGUUUGUUCAGAAAAUGUGGGGAGGGGGUCCCAGUCAUCAAUGCGCUAAUAUAUUAAAAUUUGGAAACGCGCUAAAAUUUGUGUGCGCCAAGUACAUUUACAAUAUUUGGAAGUCAAGUUUUGAACAAUGAUAGAAGGAAGAAUAUAGAUAUAGCAAAUGUGAAAAUGUAAAAGAGAAGUGGAAGAGGACUAAUACCACAAUCUAAAGUUAUAGUUUCUUUUACUUUUAUGUAAAUCCUGAUGCUGUGUCACUACUGUGAAACGUGACGUUAUACAUAUAAGCUGCAGCAACGUUCAAAGACAAAACAAGCCGCCAGCAAGUAACCUGAACAGAUUUAUAGAUACACAAGAGAAUAGCUACUGUUUAUAUUGAUCUAGUUAGGUUGUGUUUGUCUUCUCGUACGGUGUAACUUGUUACAAACAUUAUGAUUAAUGGAAAACAGAAAAAAAAUCUACAAAUGUUGCUAGACUUGAUUGUGACAUUGUGUUAUUAUCCCACAGCGUCGAUACUGACGUCGUAAUGUCACACACAAUGUCACAUCCGGCUAAACUUGUAUUUAAUAACUUUAACACUUAUGAUUGAAAUGGAAAUUCGGCAACAAGAUAUGGCUGUAAAAACUUAAUCCGUUAAGAUAUUACAUUAAUGUUUAAAGUAUAAAUUGACAAUCUGUAUACUAGUCAGCUGUUGUGAUUUACUCUGAGCGUUUGUUGGAUCACGUGUACCUGUCUUUGAAACAAAUCGUCAUGUCAGUUUCAAGUAAAUUUUUGACCAAUGAGAAUAUUCUAUUUUUACGGGGUGACCGCUAAUCAUGUCAAUUUUAAACCCGAAUGUUUUAAAAGAGGGUGAAAAAAUGUGUUGGUGUACAUGUGUUUGAAAUAAUCAACAAAUAUCUUAACUUAAAAUGAAUAAAACAAGAUUCCUAACAAGUCAAUUUUAAAAUAAAAGUUGAAAAUGUC